AUGGGGCCCCAUCGCGCGCGUCCCCCGCACCGCGUCGCGCUUCCGCCGGCGCGCGCGGACGUCACCGUGGUCGUGGACCUGGGCGCGGGAACGCUUAAACUCGCGUUCGCGGAGGACGGCGACGGGACGACGCCGAUCGCGGUGCCGAACGCGAGCGCGCGCGCGCGGGGGGGGGCGUCGGUGAGCGGAAGCGCGCUGGCGGCGGUGACGGACGUGAACGGGCUCGCGCUGCGCCGAGCGCACGACCGCGGGUACUGCGUGAACUGGGAGCUCCAGCGGGAGGUGUUGCGAGAGGCGCUCGAGGGCGAUCUGGGCGUGGACGCGCGGAAGUGUGACUUGGUGAUCACGGAGGCCCCGUUCGCGCUUCCGGCGACGCGGGAGGGGUUGGACGCGAUGGUGUUCGAAGAUCUUGGGUUUCGCCGAAUGCUGGUGGCGACGCCGGCGCAGUUGGCGAAGCGAUACGCGGAUCGCGCGGAGGCCGAAGACGGGCGAGAUGCGGGUGAUUUAUGCGUCCUGGCGCGAGCUGGGGUGGUUUUGGACGUCGGGUUCUCGUUCACGCACGCGACGGCGAUAUGUGGGGGAGUGGAGAUCGCGAGAGGGAUUCGCAGGUUGAACCUGGGCGGAAAGACGUUGACGAAUUAUUUGAAGGAGCUCGUGAGUUUUCGGCAGUGGAACAUGAUGGACGAGAGCGUCGUGAUCGAGGACGCGAAGGAAAAGGCGUGUUACGUCGCUGAUGACGUCAUGGCCGAGUUGGAGAAGUGCAAGGUCAAGCGGGGUGGCGCAGUGCGAAGGGAGUACGUGUUGCCGGACGGCAUACACAUCUUACGCGGGUACAUCAAGGACAUCGAUGAAGGUAAAAAGGACAAAAACAAAAACGGCGAGGAUGAGGGUGAGAACGACGAAGACGACGAAGACGAAGACGAAGACGACGACGAAGAUUUUGGAGCCAAGGGACCGAAGAGAGGAAAGAAGAAGCAACCAAAGCCGCCCAUGGCAAAGGCACUGAAACCCGCCGAACCUGAUCAUCAAGUAUUGACACUCGUUAACGAACGCUUCAUGGUGCCGGAAACGCUGUUUCACCCGAGCGAUAUCGGAGCGAGGCAGUGCGGCGUUACGGAGCUGGUCACCCAGGCGGUGGAGAAUGACGACUUGUGUGACGCCCAGCGCGCGCUCUGUUACCUCGACGUCUUCGUCACGGGUGGAUGCUCGCUCUUUCCUAACUUCAUGGAGCGCUUCGAGCGUGAUCUACGUCCUCUCAUCUCUGAAUCGUACGUGAUACGGGUGCGCCGAGCGAAGGAUCCAAUCUUAGCUGCGUGCUUGGGCGGCGUUGACCUCGCACGAGAUCGCAAAUUUUUCGAGGAAAAUGCCAUCACCAAGGAGGAAUACUUGGCAAACAAGGCUAGCAUUCGAGAGGCGCACCAGAGCUUGGAGUUCCACCCGAGCGUUCGAACAGGGCGCCUUCGAGCGUACGCGCGUGAGCCUACGAAAUUCGAUGCGAAUCGAAUUAAGGCUGAGUGUAUGAAAUUGACACCAACAAACGAGCGAGAGAUUGAGCGCGCGUCAGAAUAG